AUGAAAUAUCGCGAGGAUGAUUUCUUUAUUUUCAUCUGGCUUAGUGUUUUGUUACCGUGUCUUUUAACAUUUGGCAGUUUUUGUGGUGUUGGUCUCUACAUGUACAUUCAAUACAAAAAGAUUAGAAAGGAAAAGGAACAUCUAAGUAAAGAAAAAUAA